AUGGAGAACAUCUUGGGCAGUCACCCGCAAGUUCGGUUGUCUGCGGAUGCGGUAAAAUUGACCGCCGAUUUGGACUUGGCUGACCCUAAAUUCGACCUACCUGGCACGGUCGAUUUGUUGCUUGGCGGCGAUGUACUGGGCAAAAUAUUACUCGGUAAGGAUCGUGUUUUGCAGCCAGGUGGCUUAGUAGCCCUCCGGACCAUAUUUGGGUUCGCAUUGAUGGGGCCUGUAUUGAGGGCUCCCCCUCCUGCUGAACCUGGAACGGCUUUGAUGGUGGGCUCCGCCCUCUCUGACGCCGUGCAGAGAUUUUGGGAAGUGGAAGAGCCACCACAAGCACCCCGCUCUGAUCCGGAACACGAGGAGUGUGAACGGUUCUACAAGAGCAACACCAGUUAUCUUCGUUCUGGCCGGAUCAUGACAAGAUUGCCAUUUCUUGCCGUACGACCGCCCCUUGGCGACUCGCGGCCUACUGCAGAGAAGCGUUUAUUGGCAAUGGAGCGCCGCAUGAGCAGGGACCCGCUACUUAAACAGAAGUACAUUGACUUCAUGCGGGAGUAUGAGAAUUUGGGACACAUGUCUGUGUCAAAACUUGACUGGCGCUCGACGGAGCAUUUUUUCCUCCCGCAUCAUGCUGUGAUAAAGCCGUCAAGUGGCAAGCUGCGCACAGUAGUUGAUGGUUCUGCGCAGACCACAUCGGGAGUGUCCUUGAACCAGUGUCUUCAUUCUGGUCCCAAAUUGCUUAAGGACCUUUGUGACGUCAUCACGCGGUUUCGGCGUCACCAAUUCGUUUUCGUAGCUGACAUCAAGAUGAUGUUCAGGCAAACGGUAAUCCACCCUGAUGAUCGUCGAUACCAGCUGAUAUUGUGGCGGGAAAACCCGCAAGAUCCCAUACUUGUCUACGAACUCAACACGAACACAUACGGGCUGCGGUCUAGCCCCUUUUUGGCCAUACGUUCGCUUUGGGAGCUCGCAGAUCGAGAGCGUAUGUCGUUUCCUCGCGCAGCCGCCAUUUUGAAGGAGGACCUAUAUGUUGAUGACAUAUGCACUGGUGCGUCCACGGAGAGAGAGGCUCUCCUUUUGCGUGACGAAUUGAUUGGCAUCCUAGCCUCCGCAGGAUAUGAAUUGCGUAAAUGGAUCUCCAACUUACCUGCGCUCUUGGAUGGGCUACCUGAUGACCACCAGCAGGAUCCUCACCUAUUUGAGAACCGUGACAAUCCUACCAUGAUGACAGUCCUUGGAAUACAGUACAGACCAGUCCAGGACAUCUUCACGUUCAACGUCGAUUUGGAUUCGCCUCGCACUUGGACGAAACGGCUGGUUCUGUCGACUGUCGCGAGAACGUUUGAUCCCAAUGGUUGGAUAUGCCCAGUCAUAUUCUGGGCCAAAUGCUUCCUGCAGAGACUUUGGACUGCAGGUCUUGGAUGGGACGAGCCACUCCGCGAAGCUAUUUUGAAGGACUGGCUCCUGUUUGCUUCCUCAUUGCCUGCUAUCAAUAUGAUAUCGUUGCCCCGUGCUAUGCUUCCACCAGGGAAGCAUACAGCGUCCCUUCAUGGGUUUUCGGACGCUUCGGAACGUGGGUACGCAGCAGCCGUAUAUUUGCGCACCGUGACCAUGGAUGGUCAAGUGAAGGUGUCAUUGGUCAUGGCGAAGAGCAAGGUCGCGCCUCUUCGAACUACCUUGACAAUUCCCAAGCUAGAGUUGUCAGGGGCGGCCCUUCUUGCUCGCCUCUUGAAUCACGUCAUGUCCACCUUGUGCCCGUCAGUUAAUAUUGAGACAGUCUAUGCAUGGACUGACAGUCAAAUUGUCCUAUGUUGGCUGAAGACGUCAGUCCACACCUUAGAGGUGUUUGUUGCAAAUCGGGUCUCUCAGAUCCAGAAAUCGGAAACCCCGUUAAUCUGGAGGCAUGUGCCUGGCGAAGUCAACCCUGCUGAUUGCGCAUCACGGGGAUGUAUGGCCCCCUUUUUGGUUGAGCACUCCCUGUGGUGGGGACCUGAGUGGUUGACCAGGUCAGAAUCUAAUUGGCCGCGAACACCGGCCUUGGAUACUGUCACAUUGCCUGGGUUGCGAACCCUUGCGAUUGAACGGCGGGACCAUCCGUUCGACCCAGAUUUCCUAAUGAAUCGCUACAGCUCAUUAGACAAAUUACUGGGGGUCACCGCUUGGAUCAAGCGCUUCACCAGAAAUUGUAGACACCCACAGAACAAAUGCUUGGAGGCGUUCUUAUCGCCACAAGAGCUCCAGGAUGCUCUUCUUCAUUGGGUUCGUUCUGUGCAAGAAGAGAACUUUGAAAAUGAGAUUGAUAUUUUGAGAAAAGGCAAAUAUAAGCUGUCUGGAGCCAUUUGCAAACUGAACCCCUUUUUGGACAGUGCGGGUCUUUUGCGAGUCGGAGGGCGUCUAAGGAACGCAAACCUCCCGUAUGGAGCUCGUCAUCCCCUCCUGUUGCCCAAAAGUGGCCACUUAGUGAGUUUGUUGGUGACUGAUCGUCACAUCAAGAACUCCCACGCCGGCUACCCUAACGAUUUGGAAGCCCUCACACCGGGCCAUUUUUUGAUUGGACGGCCGCUGAACGCCCUGCCGGAAUACCCCUAUGUUGAUGUGAAACUCAAUCGUCUCUCGCGGUUUGAAUUGAUCCAACAACUCACUCAGAGCUUUUGGAAACGUUGGAAUUUGGAAUAUUUGCAUAUUCUCCAGCAGCGCGUUAAGUGGACUGACAAGACUGAUCCACCGCAUGUUGGUGACCUCGUUCUGGUUAAGGACGCUAACUCACCGCCACUGUGUUGGCGCAGAGGGCGCAUUCUUAACCUCGUCUUUGGAGCAGAUGGAGUGCCCCGUUUUGCUGAGGUUCGGGUGGACGGUUCUGUUUUGAAGAGAGCGGUAUCAACCUUGUCACGACUGCCAAUUGACUAG